GAUUCAAAUGUGGACGCAUAUCGAGAGUACGCCACCUGAUUGUCACUGUGCGUGACAUUGUCCAGUUCGGAAUUUUGGUAUUUUUCAGCGGUUUCAGUGGAUUUUUAGUUAGUUCAAAUUGUUCCAGGACGUACCUGAACCCUCACCAUGAGUUCGAUGUCCAAUAACGUGGAAAACCUUUCUCCGCAAGUAAUCCGUGGCGUCGUCAGGGAAAUGCAAGAUCUAGUCACCAAUCCACCUGAAGGUAUCAAAGUUCAAAUAAACGAUGAGGAUGUUACAGAUAUACAAGCCUUCAUCGAAGGACCUGCAGGCACUCCAUACACUGGGGGUUUAUUCAAAGUAAAACUUACCUUGGGAAAGGAUUUUCCACAAACGCCACCGAAGGCAUUCUUCUUUACAAAGAUCUUCCACCCGAAUGUGGCUGCCAAUGGAGAGAUCUGUGUGAAUACAUUAAAGAAAGAUUGGAAACCUGACCUCGGUAUCAAACAUGUACUGCUUACCAUCAAAUGCUUACUGAUUGUGCCUAAUGCUGAAUCUGCAUUGAACGAGGAAGCUGGGAAACUUCUGCUGGAGCAUUAUGAUGAUUACUCACAAAGAGCCAAAAUGAUGACUGAAAUCCAUGCACAACAGCAAAAAUUAUCAAAAUGCGGAACGAGCGAAGGACCAAUGGCGAAAAAGCAUGCGGGCGACAAGAAGUUGACAGCAGAGAAGAAGAAACUUAUGAAGGACAAGAAGCGGACUCUGAAACGUUUAUGAAAUCCAUAGUAUUUACAUUAUUUUUCUUUCCCUAUACAUACAUUUCUAUACAUAUAUAUAUAUUAUUAUUUUUUUCGCGAUGUACGUGAGAAAGAAGAAGAGAGACGGUUUUCCUCCCUCUGUCGUUCGAUUUCUUUUCCUUUUUUUUUUAAUUUUUAUGUACAAAAAAGUUUAUAUAUAUAAUAUUUAAUACGGUUGUUUUAUUUUAUGUUGGUCUAAAUGUGAGCGAGAGAUUGCGGGUUCCUUGUCUGCGCGUUUCUAUUAUUCUUUUAUUUUGAUAAUGAUGAUGAACUAAUUAAUUAUGUUGUGUUUUAUUAUUAUUAUUUUUAUAUAUCGAUUAAUUAUUACUCCUGGACUGAUCUUCCCCCCUCAACAA